AUAUUCGCUUCUCCCUUAUUCUUUCUUCUUCUCCACUUCCCCCCUCUCUCUAUUCUCCUUCGAUCUCUUUCCCCUUUCAAUCCAAAAUCACCUAAAAUUUUUACACACACACACAAUCACACUCAUCACCGUCUAUUUCUAUCUCCCUAUCAUUCACACACAUUAACGGGUUGCAGAUCGGAGCUUCUGGCAGAUCCGAUUCAAUUCUAUAUUCCUUCUUUCCUUGGUGCUCUCCCAAAUCUGUUCCAGAUUCUUGCUGAAUUAGGCUCUUUGUGAAGCUUUUUGGAUGACCUUGUAUCGAUAUUUGGAUAAUGACUUCAAGUAUGUUGGCAGGGGAGAAAAGGUGGGCUUCUACAAGAAGAGGUGGCAUGACUGUUCUUGGAAAAGUGGCUGUCCCAAAACCAUUGAACUUGCCCAGUCAGCGGUUAGAGAAUCACGGUUUGGACCCAAAUGUUGAAAUUGUUCCCAAGGGUACAUUGAGCUGGGGUAGCCGUACAUCUUCCUCUACGUCAAACCCGUGGGGUUGCUCAACGCUCUCUCCAAAUGCUGAUGGUGGAACGAGCUCACCAAGUCAUCUUAGAUCCCGCCCUUCAUCUGGUGGGAGUGGCACUCGACCUUCAACUGCUGGUAGUGAUAGAACACAAGAACCUAUUACCAGUGCAUGGGGUACCAAUUCUAGGCCUUCGUCAGCUUCCGGGCCAUUAUCAUCAAACAAAGCACCAUCAACGUUGGCGCGUCCACGCAGUGCAGAGACAAGGCCUGGCAGCUCACAACUUUCACGUUUUGCUGACCCUGUUUCUGAACAUCCAGUAGCAUGGGGAGCAACAGCUACCGCAGAGCGUUUGGGAGUGCUGUUUUCUAAGAAUGAAGGAUUUUCUCUGAGUUCUGGGGAUUUUCCUACUCUUGGAUCGGAUAGAGAUGUAUCUGGGAAGACUACUGAAUCACAAGAUCGUGAUUCUUGUAGCCGUCCUAGCUCUGCUUCUGGCAAAGUAGCACAGCCCCUAGAGAAGACAACUGCAUCUCAUUCAGAUGUGAAGGGUGAGACAUUCGAGGCAUGGAAAAGAGAUGGUCAAAGUGCUGAGGAUGGUCCUCAGCAUGGCAUGGAGAAAUGGCAAGGGGAUCCCCAUCACUAUCUUGGUCCUAAUGUUCCACCCCAUCAUUUUGAUGCAUGGCAUGGGCCUCCUAUGAAUGCUCCUGCUGGAUUCUGGUAUAGAGGACCACCUGGGGGGCCACCUUAUGGAGCUCCAGUUCCUCCCGGUGGUUUCCCAAUUGAACCAUUCCCCUACUUUCGACCCCCGAUUCCACCUCCUGCUAUUGCAAAUACACAGCCAGUUCCUCCUCCGGGGCCUAGAUCCAGAGGGCACCAUCCCAGAGGUGGAGAUAUGUAUAGACCCCAGAUUACCGAUGCUUAUAUUCGUCCAAAUAUGCCAUUUAGACCUGGUUUUUACUCUGGUCCAGUGGCCUUUGAGGGUUAUUAUGGACCGCCAAUGGGUUAUAGCAAUUCCAAUGAGCGGGAAAUUCCUCUCAUGGGCAUGCCUCCUGGUCCCCCAGUUUAUAAUAGAUAUUCAGGCCCAAACACUCCUGAUCCAACUAUUACUCAUGCCAGAAUUGGCAGCCAUGGUGCUAAUGCCAAAGCAUUGCCAGAGGGAGUAGAGUCUGCUCAUCCCGAUGAUGCUAAAGGACCAUAUAAAGUUCUUUUAAAGCAUGAUGCAAGAGAGGAAGGAGAGACGUGGGAACAUUCUGCGCCCUCUAAUGGCCCAUAUCCUGAUAGAAGCUUUCAGAGAUCAUUGCAGAAGCAUGAGCGGGGAGGUGAGCAUGAGAGGGAGAAGGAAUUGUAUUCAAGGAGAACUACCGGGAGUGGGAACUGUUAUCCGCGUAGUUAUGAUGAUAGAGGAUGUGAUUCUUCAGAUAACACCAAAGCGAACUCAUUUGAAGGUAUAAAUACUAUGAAGGUUGCUGAUGGCAGUUGGACAAAGAAACCAGGUUAUGUGGAAUCCUCUGGUGGAGCGCCUCCGUCUUCCUCAGAAGGUAUAAAUACUAUGAAGGUUGCUGAUGGCAGUUGGACAAAGAAACCAGGUUAUGUGGAAUCCUCUGGUGGAGCGCCUCCGUCUUCCUCAGCUCCUGAAAGGGGUUCAACUCCUGCAGUGACUUCCAGAGACUCAUCCUUGAUGCAGAAGAUUGAAGGUCUAAAUGCAAAAGUCCGAGCAUCUGAUGGAUGUUAUGAAGCGCCUUAUGUUUCUUCCGAAGAGGAUAUCAAUAAGUCAGAACUAAAUCCGAAGGUUACCAAUUCAAUAAAUGAAGUUAAAGGUGCUCUUGUGUCAUUCGAAAGAACUCAUACUGGAACCACUGGGAACAAGGGAGGCCAGUUAACAGCUACCAUGUCAAGGAGACCAAAUCGAGGUGUGCAAACCAAAAAUGAUAAUCUUGGUAAAGCCCGAUCUGAUAGUCAUGAUGAUGGUUGGAGAAAAAGGCCCAUUGCUGCUGAAUCAUCUGCUGUGGCUUCUGCAACAUGCUUAGAACCUGCUUCUAAUGUUCAUGCAUGUGAGCCAGGUCCUCAAGUUGAGGCUGCUGAGCAAGCUUUAACUGAUAUAAUUUUGAGUGGUGAGAAAGAAUCCUUGUCAGAAUUGCAUGAUUCAGCAGAUAACCAAGCGCAGCGUGCAAAGAUGAAAGAGUUAGCCAGGCAGCGUGCCUUACAGCUACAGAAAGAAGAGGAAGAACGAAGUAAACAACAGAAAGCCAAAGCUCUUGCUAAAUUGGAGGAAUUGAAUCGCCGUAUGCAGGCAGGUGAUGCUUUGUCUCUGAAGGCUAUAAAGGAUUCGUCCCCUGAUGUUAUGAAGCAAGAUCUGGAAGGCUCCUCACCCCCUGAACCAGUGGUGCCUAGUGUCAGACUUCAAGCCCGCAAUGCAGCUUUAGCAGCACAGUGUGAUGUAAUUGAUACUAGCAACCACAUUCUAGACAAAGGCAGUGAGCAUACUAAUCCACCUAUUAUGUUAGAAUUCGGCACUUCUAUUAUGGUCCAGUCAGAAAUAGCCAUCCCACAACCCCAAGCUUUGCUAUCUAAGCAGGAUGCCAAUAGGGUUGCUACCACUCAUGGAAAAGUUGCUUGUCAGUCAAGUGAUGGGGGUGUUGUCAAGCAUAAGCGUACUAGCCACAAGCAAAGGCCAAAUAUGACACCGAAGAAUAUGAAUGAAAAAUCAGUUCUGGUUAGCGUUACUGAAGUAUCCAAGGGUCAUAAUGAUGUAAAUAUUAAUGAUGUUCCAUCAACUGAGGCUGAUGAAGUUGGCGUAAGUGCUGAAUCAAACAUUGUUAAUAAUGCCAAGGUUGCCAUCGAGUCUUCCGCGCAGCAGAGAAGGAAGGGUAAUAGGACCAACAAGAACAAGCAGAAGCUUGAUACUGCGCUGCCUAGCCCAGCUACUCCUUUACCAGUGCAAAAUGAUAGUAAUCCUGCUAAAGUCUCUAUGCAACAGGAGAAGUUGAAUUCAUCUCAGCUGGUUCUAGAUGUGAGCUCAGUUCAGGCAGCAAGUGGUGAUAGUGUUGUGCAGCCUUCUGAUCAGAGUUCUCCUUUGCCUACGGAAGAAGGUCAUAGUCGAGUAAUUAACCAAUGGAAACCUCAGCACCCUCGCAGGUCGCAGAGAAAUCAGCACCCUAAUGUGCACACUGAUAAGUUUCAUGGAGGUGAUACGGUUGUGUGGGCACCUGUGCGGUCUCAGAGCAAAACUGAAGAUGCUGCUGAAGCAAGUCAGAAAACUGCGUCUGAUUCCGUUGGUCCUCUGAAGAGUGAUAAUGUGGUGCAGAGUAAUUCAAAAAGCAAGAGGGCUGAAAUGGAGAGAUAUGUUCCAAAACCGGUGGCCAAAGAGCUUGCACAGCAUGCUAGUAGUCAACCGCCACUGUUGUUGUCAGGCAGUUCUCCCGGUUCAGAUGAGACAACUGGAAGGGCAGACUCUAUGCCUGAAAACCUACCUACUAGCUCUGUAAUUGAGAGCUUUUCCAUAGAGUCCAGGAUUGGUGACGGCAAGCACAAUAAUAAUAGGCAAGGGAAAGCACAUGGAGUGUGGAGGCAAAGGGGUUCAGCAGACCUGGCAUUGGACACCAGCAAGAACACUUAUAAGUCUCUGGAUCACACCAGCAAGAACACUUAUAAGCCUCUGGAUCACAUUCGAUCUUUGAAGCCUGAUGGAGAUUCUGCGAAAUCUGAGUCGAAGUGUUCGAGUGAGUUCGAUGUAUCAGAUGGUUGGAACAUGCCAGGUGAUUUUGAAGGUCCACGUACCACCAUUCCUGUUGUAAAAGAUGAGGGAACGACCGGUAAAGGAAAACGCUAUCCUUCUAAGGGCCAUAGAAGCACAGGAAAUUCUGGACAUCAAUACAAAAACAGCAGUGGGGAAACUCAGCAAAAUCACACUCUGUCAGGAGCUUCUGACAUAAACCAGAUGGACAAAAGCGCUGCAGCAAAGGAAAAUCUUGGCAUGGCUAAUCGUACUCCACCACAUUGGCAACCAAAGUCCCACAUGCUUGCAGUUAAUAAUCAACAGGCAGGUGUGUCUACCAGAGCCCAAAAUGUUACUAUGGAAGGCGGUCGGGCUGAUAAGAGGGAUUAUCAUCAGGAUAAAGUUAAUGUUCCCCUACACGGUGUUAAGGGUAGCAGUGAUAAAGGUAUGGGUCAAUCAGAUCAAUUAGCAUCUGAAGAUAAAAUUGUUUCAGAGGUACCAAACGUUGGAAAUCUCGAUCCAAGAAGAGAGAGAAAGCCAUCUUCAUUUAGGGGACGCCCCUACUCCCCAAACCAAGGUCCGGUUGUCAAAGCUGAAUUACCUCCUGCUGAAAGUGCUGAAGCUAUGCAAGAGCGGAGCAACUCAGGUUUAAGAAGGAAUGUAAACCAAAACAAUCUUCCUGCCAGAAUGCAUGAAUCUUGUGGAGAUAUGUUCUCGGGGAGAGAUAAUCGGCAGCACAGCACCUCUAGUGGUCGAGAAAGGCGGAGGAACAACAUGCAUUAUGAGUACCAGCCAGUUGGGCAAUACAGUGAUAGCAAAUCAAGUAAUUUUGAAGGGGCAGCUGAUGGUUCUCACAAUGUUGGUCAGAGAUACAGAGAGAGGGGUCAGGGUCAGUCAAAGCGUGGAGGUGGGAAUUUCCAUGGUAGGCAAGGUGGCUCUGGCCGAAUAAAUGCCAAUUAUGAUUGAUUGAUGAGGAGGCUAAAAUGUGGAUUUAGGUCUUUUUAGUUUGUGAUGGAUAGCAAACUUACCGGAUAAUCUUUGCUUAGUUUGCAUGUCUGGUGGUGCAGUCUUAGGUGGUAGCUUUUGACGUGGUAAAAGAGAAUUUGUUGGCCAAUGUCACACGGGUGAGCUGGACUACAGCCGGGUUUUGCCACAUGGUUUUGGGAAAAAUUAUUGUGUUUGGUGCAACAGUAAGUGCGGCAUUAUGAGAACUGUAAUUAAUUUGAAGAACAUUAAAAUAGUUGCCCAUUUUCUCCCCAGAAGAAUGUCAAUUCAUAUGAAGCAUUUGUAUGUUGCUAUUACGUUUGUAGUUUUGUACCAUCACAAUUUAGAGGUGUAGCUUUUUCUCUUGGUCGAAAAGAAAGUGAGAUGGGCAAAGUGAAGCUUGUUUUUGCCUGCUCCGCUGGUUUUCCCUA